AUGGAGAUCGAAAUCAAAAAUUUUGCGACAGACGAUGAGCUUGUCGAACUCGGCAAAACCCAGGCAACUCCAACAGAACGGCUGUACUAUUUCGAGCGAGACAAGGGAUAUGUCCAGAAAUAUCUCCGCGCCGGACAACACCGUGGCCUUCAUCGCCGACAUCAGCUCACCAGGCGGCAAGUUCGUUAUCGGGAGACACGCACAGGCGCCGUGGGAGAACGGCACCGUCGCAGAAAGGGCAACCCAGGGUGA